ACACCCCUACCCCCCCCCCACAAUACCUACACCCCGCCCCAUCCCACCCCCCAUACAACCUCCGCCCUAACCCCUCCCCUACCCACCCCACACCUACAACCUCCUGUGCCAGCCCCAUUUCUACCCACCAAAACCCCCCCUCCGAGACCCACACCCCUCCCCCCGGCCCCCACCCCCCCGGAAGACAACCUGGCCCCCUGCCCCCCGGUGCCCCCCCCCCCCCCACCCCCCCCACCCCUCUCUCCCCCGACCGCCCACUGUGUGUGUUGUGUGUCUGUCUAA